CGACGAGGGCAGGAAGGAGGCAAUCUGCACGUGGCCGAAGGGAUUUUUCGCCCAGGUCGCCUGGUGAUUACUGCGGGUGAUUAAAGCGGUCGGAAAGCGGCCAGGGCGGAGGCAACAUAAUCGCUAUGGUAGCGUUAUGGGUCGGGUUGCUCCAUUCAGGAAGUGGCGUGUCGCUAUUGGCUCCAAGGUGAUUCGGUUCUCAACGGUCGAUAACAGGCUCCGGGCUUAUCUGGGUGGGAUCAUCAUCAUGGUCCAAUGUCGAGACCUCGUCGGUUCGUCGGUAGAUGGGGGCGCGUUGGGUCGCAAACAACGAACAUACUCAAACAUGACGCACCGCAAAACCAGCACCAUAUUUUCAGGCUCAGGACAGCACUCUUCCUUUGUAUGUAUUUUUCAGCAACAGCAGUCCAGAUCAGCUGUACGGCAGUUGGUGGCCGUUGGAUUACCUGACGGUCUCACUUCAGCCGCACAUAUCGGACCCAUGCAACGCUGGUAGAUUGCCAUGCCCAUUCGGCAAAGCCGCAUAUACCCAUACAGUAUGCCCCAGACCCCACAACGGAUCUUAUA